CAAAAAUGUGAAUAGGAUACGUCAACAAAUUAACUUAUUCUGACUUGAGAGUCGUAUUCGGUAGACUGGAUGAUGUUUGGUUCAAGGGCUAGGCCAGUGCCAGUGUUAGUAGGCCGAUGGAGGAAUAAGAAGAAGAAUACAGGCAGACAAUGAACAUUGAACGAACGUCGAACACCGAACGAACACUCGUGAACAGUGAAGUGAACACAGUUUUCCCAAUUCGCCAUUUUGGAUUUGGUUGGAGAUGAUCUGAUCAUGACCAUUAUCAGUUGAAUUAUUGUCUCUCUGAGCUUCUAGGCCUCAUGUAGGCAAAUUGUUGUUUGUAUCGUUUGUGUUAUCCGGUGUAUUGUAAUUUAGUGUUAAAUUCAUUGCUGCUAAGUUGAUCCGCUUCUGCACAGUGAUUUUGAUUUUGUGAAGAUAAAACGUUACGUUAGGUCUACGAUGCCGAAGCCCCACAGUUGGAUCCACGUUGGAUCGUUGCAACAGCUCUAGCUCAGAAGUGCCACGUCAGUCAAGCCCAGCCGCCACACAGUUUUUAGUUUCCCUAUGGGUAUAUUUUUGCUACACUAUUCAACAGUGGUGCAAGAAGAUAGGCCUACUUGCCUUUUGAAUUAAGGCACCUGUAACAUGAUUGUGGUAGGCCUACUUACAGUCCUUCCCAGUAGUGAAGGCCAGUAGGUCUUAGAUAUUCACGGAUGUUCAACCUCCUAGUCUAACUUAGAUUGUUGCUAAUCCAGAAUGUAUGAUAACGUAAAAACUGAAGUUAUUGACCUCACUGAAGAAAAUGAAGUAGAAGUGAAAGCUGAAGAUCUUUCUCCAGUGAAGGAAAUUAUCAACCUCUCGGAUGGUGAAGAUGGGGAAUCAAAGGGUCUUCAACAGUCACCUAGUGGGCGAUGUAUCAGAAAUGUUGAUAAAUGUAUUGAUAAGGCCAUUGAGGAAUUGAAGAAAGGUCAAUCAUUGGUAUUGGUUGCCUCACAUUAUAAAAUCCCUCAAGAAGUUCUAUAUGACAAACUUGUCUCUCGAAGUCUUCCAAGUGAAAUUGAUCUUUUGACAAAUGCCGAGGAGGAAAAUCUAGUGAAAUGGAUUUUGAAGUCAAACAGUAACAAUUCCUUGGUGUUGAAGCAACAGUUAAUGGAAAAAGUGGGGAAAUACAAAAAAGUUAUGAACAUCAGUCCAAUUUUUGCCAAAUCCAAAUUCGGACGGAUGUGGUAUGAAUACUUUAUGAAAACCCAUCCAGAGAUUUAUGAAAACGAUGGUUUGUUAAUGCCUGUUGAUAAAGUUUUGGUACAACCAUCAUCACAAGACAGUCCCAUCAAGAAGCUAGUGACACAGCCUUCAGAUCCAGAAAAUCUGUAUCUUUUGACUCCAGAUGAAGAAAAUGCUUUGGUUGACUGGAUAAUCACAUCAAACCAACAAAAUGCGCUUGUGUUCAAAGACCAGUUGAUAAAAAGAGUGUGUAGGCUGAGUAAAGUUGCCAAAUCCAUACCUGGGUUUGCAAAAUCAAAGACUGGAAAGACAUGGUAUGACAGAUUUUUGAAAACCCAUCCAGAAAUAUACGAAAAUGAUGAAUUACUUUUGCCAUCUGAAAAUUUUGUGCAUCCGUCUGCUAAACUGAUCUCUUAUGGUAUUAAGGAUGCAGUUGUGGUUUUAUACGACUUCAAGAAAUUAAAACAUCUACCAAUCAGAUUGGUUAGCAAGGAUACAUAUGUAUUGCAGAAAAGUGGAAAUGAUAAGGAACAUCAUAAGCUAGAGGAUGUAAAAUCAAAUGGAAGUGAUAAUGACGAUACAAUGGAUGAACAUUUGGAGAACAAAUCAACAAUAGAGAUAUUUGAUGUUGCCAAAGAGCUCCCAUCAUCUGAAGAAUCGGGAAUUGAAAGUGACAACUGUUCUGUGGAAAAAUACAAAGAUGAUUCUUAUAUACCUUACAAAAGGAAAAGUGUUAGAAGAACGAGAAGAAAAUCAAAACCAUCUAGUGAGAGACCCAUUUGCCACAAGUGUGUUAAAACUUUUUGCAACUUUUCUAAAUUAAAAAGACAUAUUUUAGCCAAGCAUCAACCACAAGAAUAUAUGCAAGCAAAGUGUUUUGACUGUAAAAAAGUGUUCCCCUCUAAGAUACAUUUACAAGUGCAUGUGAGGAAUGCCCACAGAACCACAUAUUUCUUUUGUGAGGAGUGUGGUCAACCAUUUAAACAUAGGACAAGUAUGAGGAAACAUCAGAGAACCAUUCACGAAGGCUUAGAUGUAACUUACGACAGGUUCUUUUGUGAUGUUUGUGAAAAAGGAUUUAAAUAUAAGAAUAGUCUGGAAGCACAUGUUCUAUAUGGACAUUUAAGAGAGAAUAAAAAGUUCCCCUGCGAUAUAUGUAAAAAAACCUUUAUAAAACGCAGCGCAAUGCUUAGACAUAGACUGAGGCAUAGUAAAAUCAAGCCUCUGAAAUGUAUGCAUUGUGGUAAAAGGACCUCACGUAAAUAUCUUCUUGAAGAGCACAUAAAAAAUCAUCAUAAGGAUAUAAAGCUGGAAAACAUAAAGGAAGAACACUGAAGCAAUAUCGGAGUUGUGUAGAAUUGUAUUAUUGUGGUUCAUCGGUUUAUCUAAUUCUUCACAUGAUUAAUCUAAAUCGAAGACCUUUUUAUUUUCAGUUAUACAUAAAGAAUUACCUUAAUUUUUUUGUAUAAUUAAAAUACUGUUUUUUUUUUUUAUUAAUCAACUCUAAAAGUUAUUUUGUAUCAAUCUAUAAAUUUGUCAGACAUAGUGCUCUAUAAAUCUAUAAAUUACUUUUAGGUGUGUUUCAUGCGGAAUAUGAAUGCAAGGUGAGUGUAUAUUAUUGUAAUCUACCGUAUUUUGAUAAAUCCUACAGAUUAAUCUCACCUUUUGUGAAAAUUACCCCAAACUGAACCAUAGGCCUAACGUACAUUCAUAGAAACAUUUGGUGCUAAAUAUGUUAUUAUAGUUGUUGGCCUUGUCAAAAAAUUUUGAUUUAUAUACAUGUUUAUGGUUUAUAAUGCUUCCAUAGACCUUAAUCAUAAUAAAGUAUGCUCCUUCCUAAACAUUGUAGGAAAAUAAUAGUGAUCUCAGUGAAAAGCCACAUGUCAUUAAAACAACUUUUUCAUGCUGCUCUUUCUCUCACAGAUGAAAAUUGGAGUCAAGGAUCUUUCCUGAUUUAUAAAAAUAUAUUGUAUCAUCACCAAUAUUAUUUGAGUUCCUUAUUAUACUGCUGUGCAUAUAGAGUUUUUAUAUUAAUAUUAUUAUUGAGUUCCAACUUUGAGAACAAUAAGCAGUUAAGAUUUACAAACACUAAACAGUUUAGAUGAUAACAAAAAGUGAGAAAUCUAUAAAAGUCUCACAAAGUUAAGAGUAUCAAAACAUUUUAAAGGUUUGAAUAUCAUUUUUGGAUAUAGGAGAUCCGUUCACAGAGCUUAUUGAACCCUUAUCUUAGUGACCAUAAAAAAUUCAAAACUUGGCUAAGCCCUUUUCUCACCUUAAGUAUCAGAACAGGUAUUGGAUGAAGGUAUGGUCAAGUGAAGGGGAGAACAGAGGGCGAGAGGGGAGGUAGGAAGUGGGAUUUCUCACACUUUUGGCAAACCUGCAUUUUUGAGGGGUGUGCUAGUUGAUACCCAAACUAAGGCCUGUUGAAGCAGUAAAGGUUCAGCUCUGGUGACUGGUUCUCAAUCUUCCAACGUAAACUCUUAACAACAUAUUUUGAUUUUAGCCUCCAUUAGUGUGUAUAUAGUAGAUAAAGUAGAUGUAUAUUGUACAUUAUUCAUUUUGUACUCAGUGAUAAUUAACGUUUUCCUAUGACACCGGUGUGAUAUAUUGUAAAUAUAAAUUUAUCCAAUUAAGACUUGUUUCUACUGACAUUUUUGUCUGUUGCAAACGAUUUUUGUAAAAUGAGUCAAUUUUUUUAGAUGAAGGAUUUAUAGCAAUAGUUUUUACAGUAUAUGUUCAUAAGAGGUAGUAUUGGAAAAAUAUAUUUUUGUGUUGCAGUCUAUGAAUAGUUUACUAUGUUGGAAUAAUUCAAGUGUCAUGAGAAUUAAAAGCCUGAACAGUAUACAUACACAUAUUUUACACAUCAUAAAUAAUUUUGAUAAAUGUGAAUAGAUAAGGUAAAACAAAAAUUUUUGUUUUUUUUACGGCCUCCUCUAAUUUAUUUGAGGGGGCUAUGGUUUUCUCCAAUAAAAAAUAUUUUGAAAUGUAUUUGGUUAAGUUUUUCUUUCUAGUCUUAGUAAAUAUAUUUAAGCAAAAGUGUUUUUCAAGAUUUUUUUCCAUUAGAAUAAAUUUAUAAACGGAAUAAAAUAAGUUUAUUUAUUUUGAGAAGAUUGUAA